UCAUAAAUUAUCAACUGCCUUUUUUAAACUCUUAGUUUUCAACCAGCAGUAAUAGACGUAAUAGGAUCAACUGUCAAAAAUAAAAAUCAACAAAUUAACAGAUCGCAUAGAACACACAACAGCUUCUAAUUUUAUAGGAAAGGACGCUAACCGAACCAAAUCUCGCAAUGACUUUCGACGUGGAAAAAUACAAAACCUUCUACGAGUGUGACGAACAUUGGGAGCUGAGAAAAUCGUUCAUGGAAUCGCAUAUAAACAGUUUCCCGGAGGAUGAGCUGGUUUGCCUGGCGCAAGUGUUUACCAACAUUGAACUGCUGGGGUGCCAGUAUCCUCCGGAAACCAUGCGCAUGGUGGCUGAACUAUCGAAAGACAUCGUUACCAAGUACCGUGAUGCGCGAACAGGAAAAUUGAAACGAACUUUCGUUACUGCAUCGGACGCUGCUGCGUCGCGCUACGUGCAGAAAAAGUAGCACUCACUCAUGGCUGUAUCAAUGCGGAGUUUGCAAACGCUCGAGGAAAUAAUCUGAUUUAUUGUUUUUUUUUUUUUGUUUUCCGUGACGCUAAAUAAAGCAAUUGAAAUAGUUAACUGAUCGUAAACAACAAAACACAUAAAACCAAA